GUAGAGUUGUCAUUUUAUUUGUUUUUACGAACUUUUAUUUUCUUGUAAAUACUUAUAUAAUUACUGUAUAAAUCUGAGGAAAUAUUGCUAAACCAACAUGGGAUGCGAUGGAGGAACAAUACCGACGAGAGAUGAACUUGUAAAAUUGAAGAAGAAACCAGAAAAGAAAGACAAAGAAGCUGAGCUAGCUGCCAAAUGGAAGCACUGUGCUAUAACUCAGGAGCCUCUCAGAUCUCCCAUAGUGGCCUGUGAACUAGGGAGGUUGUACAAUAAAGAGUCUGUAUUGGAGUAUCUCUUAGAUAAGACAAAAUUUGAAUCUGCUGCAAACUUCAGUCAUAUUAGAGGAUUGAAGGAUGUGAAAGCCCUAAACCUGUCUGACAAUCCUGCCUUCAAGAAGCUAGACAAUGAGAAAGGCGAUGCCUACAUUGACACUAACACCUCUAGGUACAUCUGCCCAGUUGUAGGCAUUGAGAUGAAUGGAAAACACAAGUUCUGUUUUGUGUGGAGCUGUGGAUGUGUUGUAUCUGAGAGAGCCAUCAAGGAAAUCAAAGAAAAUGUCUGCCAUAAGUGUGGGGCUGCUGUUACUGAUGCAGAUAUUGUUGUCCUGAAUGGCACAGAAGAUGAUGUGGAUGAGAUGGUCAUGAAAAUGGAUGCACGGAGACUCAAGGCAAAGUUGGAGAAAAAAUCUAAGAAAAAGAAAGCUGCAGAAUCCAGUCUGAGUGUAGCAGAUGAGGGACCAUCAAGCAAACAAGCCAAGCUAGACCCACAGCCAGGAACAAGCUCUUCUCUCAAUGGAACACACCCAAAAUCAAAACUGACCAAUGGGAAAAAAGAUAGCAAAUCCAAAUUGACCAAUAACAAGCCAGAAGACAAACUUAAAAAAGAUGGGAGCAUUCAAAAUGAUCCUAAAGCUUCUAAUGCUUUUAAAUCUCUAUUCACCACAAGUGAAGCUGGGAAGAAAGCCAAAACUGCACAUUGGGUGACCAUGAACCCAUUAUAUUACUGAGUAGACUCUAUCAUACAUAUUAUACAUUCAAGGAGGGCAGGAUGGAACAGGCAACAUUAUUAUGUUGGAGAAUACAGAAUUUCAUUUAGACCAGGCAAUAUUAUUGUGUUGGAGAAUACAGAAUUUAAUUUAGAC